CCCACAUACCUAGCUGAAGCACUUCUCACCGGCGAAGGGAACCGGCGACCGGUCAUUCAAAACCGAUUCAUUCUUGGUAUUCCUCACGAUCAUAGUACGGCCUUUUGUGUUGUCACGUUAUGCAAUCAUCUGUCGUCCGUUAUUUGGUGACUCAACGGCCUUCAUGAUGUAGGUUGAUUUUUAACAGAGGCAGCGAGCGAUCGGGAAAAAUGUCGCCGCCGGAAAGAGUUGACCUCUCGGGGACCUGGAAGAUGGUGCACGUAGAGAAUUUCGAUGCGUAUCUACAGGCGUUAGGUAUUGGGUUCGUACUUCGUGCCAUCGCUAAGAUGCUGAGCAACACCCAAAUCAUCGAACAAGAUGGAGACAGCUUUUACGUUAAGGACAUCAACACCUUACAGACGCACGAAGUCUCCUUCCGGAUAGGGGUUCCAGUGGAAGGAACCACCGUGAUAGGGAAGUACAAAGUCACUGUCACGUGGGACGGAGACGUUUUACGAGGCUACACCGAGACUGACAAAGGGAUCAUCCGGACUGAGCGAUAUAUACGGGAGGACGGCACCAUGCUUUACUCAAUGACAGCUCCGAACGGUGUGAAAACUACACAGAUAUUUGUCAAGCAGUGACCCCUAGCGGCCGUUUGUGAACAACUUGUGCGCCGUGACGUCAGCUUCCUUCAACAUCAAAAACAAGAAGACGUAAAACUGUGUCUUCAAACAGAGUCCGAGACAAAACUAUGCACCUUGAAGUAUGAAAAUAUGUGCAAAUGUGACCAAACAAACAAACAAACAAACAAAC